UAUCAGUCUGUUUCCAUUCACGAGCAGUACCGUUGUGUGGAGCAAGGGGACGUGAGGGGCGUUUUCCAUGACUCGGUGACAGUAGCCUAGAACACCACGUGCAGUUUCCAGCGAAGUCGAUGAAAAAGGUCGGAUCUGCUCCGAAAUUUGUUCAACCGGUUUGCUAUUCUGUGAAGAUAAAAGGAAAAAGUUUGUAAAUAUUUUCGACUUAGGAAAAUGCACCCUGAUCAGAAAGGUUCCGAUGCUUUAUCAGAGGUAUCUGAUGGAGGAACUGCUGGAACGAGUUUCUCUGGACAAGGGAGCAGCUACGGCGGAAGCAAUGAGAACCUUCGGGAUCUCGCCGCAACUUUGGGCCUGUCGGGAAUCGACGAACUUUAUGAAGAACGAUUCCGUGUUGAUAGACGAAAACUGGAACACAUGAUUUUAGGUGACGAUGAAGCUUUGGAGCCUGCCGACUCGUUUUUCCAGAAGAUCAUGAUCGAGACGAACACUUACAUCAUGUGGCCUUCGCGCCUUAAAAUUGGAGCCAAGUCGAAGAAAGAUCCUCAUGUCAGAGUCGCAGGUCGACGGGAAGAAGUGAAGGUGGCUAAGGAGAAGGUGAUGGAAGUCCUGGACACUAGAAGCAACCGUGUGACGAUGAAACUGGAUGUCAGCUAUACAGAUCACUCUCACAUCAUAGGGAAGGGAGGACUGACAAUCAAGAAAGUGAUGGAGGAGACUGGUUGUCAUAUCCAUUUCCCAGACUCAAACCGCAGCAACUUGAAUGAAAAAAGCAACCAAGUGUCUAUAGCUGGGGAGAUGGAUGGUGUGGAGCAAGCAAGAGCCCGUAUUCGGAAACUGACUCCAUUGAUUUUUAGCUUUGAAUUGCCAAUAGUAGGAACACUGCAGUCUCUGCCUGAUAGCAAUUCUACGUAUCUGAGGAGCAUCCAAGAAAAAUACAAUGUUCAUGUAAUGUUUCGUAACCGCCCCAAGCUGUAUGGCACCAUGGUAGUUAUAAAGGGCUGUGAAUGGGAGGUGGCUAUGGUAAAGCAAGCUACUCUCUUGGUGAUACAACACAUGUGUGAAUCUCUUGCUGCUCAGGUUCAAGUGCAUAUGACAUUGGAGAUUUCUCCUCAACACCACAGUAUUGUAUUGGGGAAAAACAGCAACAACUUGAAGCAGAUAAUGCAACAAACCUCAACAAAGAUUAUGUUCCCUGAUGCUGGAGAUCCUAACAUUUCAAGCCUGAAGAAGAGCAACAUUUGUAUUACAGGAACAAUUCAUAAUGUGUAUCUUGCCAGGCAGCAUCUCAUGGGUUCGCUGCCAAUUGUGCUUAUGUUUGACCUGCCCGAGGACAUGGUGGUAGAUACGGACCAAGUCUCUCGACUGAUGCAAUACCUUGACGUCUUUAUUAGCAUCCGACGCAAACCCAAACAGAAUGUUGUGUCAGUGAUCAUCAAGGGAAUUGAGCGUAAUGCCACUAGUGUUUACGAAGCAAGGAAUAAAUUGUUGGGUUUGGAAGAACCGAGAGUUGUUGCUGAUAUACCAAAAACAUACCAUAUCCCAGACACUCCAUCUGCUGGUACAAUUCAUGAAGAUAUAUAUGGAACCAGUGCUGGAAGAUGCCCAGUCCAUCACAAUCUGACUAUAAACACAGGCUGCAUUGGAUUACCAGGAAUUAAUAUUCCCCCUUUACAAGGAGCCCUUACACCUCCUUUUCCAUCCCCUGCUGGUGGAAUUUGUAACACAUGGUCUGGUGGAUUUGGCUCUCCUACUCCAGUUAAUAUGGGGCAGUUUCUCCACACACCUAUACUGUCACAGUCCACCCUGAACCACCUAAUAAAUCUACAGCAACAACAACUGCUAAUGCAGCAUGUGGGAGGAGGUAUUUUGGCCCCAAAUCUUCUGCCAACUGGCUCAUCCUGCAGUGCCUCAGUUACUGGCAGCAGCAGUAGCAGAUCUCAUAUGACUGGAAGUUUCUCAAACAGCAGCCAAUCUUUGGCAUCUGACACAAAGGACACUAAUGUUUUUUCAUCUUUGAGCAGCAAUACAAGUUCUCUAUCAAGUCCUGCAAUAAGCCCACAGACUGGUAGUUCACCAGUCCAGAAAAAUGGAGUACAAGCAGAUUCAACUAAUGCAGCUUUCUGCAGCAUGAUGUCUGAUCUGAUGAACCACACGGAUCGUCGUGCUCCAGGCUGUGAAAAGAAAACUCUGGAACUUGCUGCUCAGCAAUCAUUUAAUACAUUUGAUUUUGACAAGAAGAAACUUCUUGCUUACCAAGCAAUGCAGACCAAACCUGUUCCUGGAAAUGUACGUGUUCCAACAUCUGCUUGGUCUGGUUAUGGUCUGAGUCAUUCCAGUCCUGCACCAGAUCUUGAGCAUAGGAAGAAGGAAAGCUUUGCUGCCUCAUUACUUGAUGAAGCAUAUGGUACCGAAGGUCCCACAAAUUCAAAUUUGGUUUCAUCACCAACAGUAUUUCCAAGUGCAUCAUCAGAAUGUAUUGAUGGCCUUCCUCUCAGUGCCAGCAACUAUCUUGACUCUGUCCCAGCCUCUACUGUGAACCGAAUUACUGGACUGGAACCCCAGGAUUUGGGUACUCUGCUUACAGUACUAGGACUUGAAAAAUACAUAAAGAAUUUUACUGACCAUGAGAUAGACUUGACUACCUUUGCUUCACUCAAUGAUUCUGAUCUUCGGGAGAUCGGAGUCAGUACUGUGGGAGCUCGACGCAAAAUGCUUUGGAUAAUUUCUGAACUGAAAAGUCGUCAGAACCAAUUCUAUAGGAGUGCUGCUCCUGGUGCUGAACGCAAAGCAUCUACAUCUAUGAUGGUAAGUAGCAAUGGUAUUGCAGAUAAUUGGUAGAAGCACCGAAUGCUAUACAGACUUUCUGGACCUUGUUGCAUGACAAAAUUAUGUUUAUAAAUGAUAAAUUAUUUAUAUAUUGUUUGAAAUCUAAACUGUUGUUCAAACAUUGAAAUAUAAGCUUUAUAAAAAUUGUAUACGUAUAACAUUUGUUUAAUGUAGCCAAAUCAUCUGUUCAAAAUAAUUAUAGGGGAUUGAAAAUUCCCACAAGUUACCAUGUUAAUGCUUGUAAUCAUUCUUUUUACCCCUUCUAGAAUUCAUGUUAAAAUUUGAACAUUGUGAUACUGAUAUUAGCUUGAAUGAUGUAUUAUCUUUUAAACCAUAUAUUUAGUUACCCUGUGGUGUGUACUAAUUCAUACUGUAGGGUGAAUGUAAUUUGAAACUUAAAUAUAGCCAUGAUUUUAUAUGUUACAGUUAACAAAUCUUCUGCAAUCAGAACUUGAAUUCAGCAUUGGUAACAGAUGCACAGCAUAUUUUGAAAGUAAAGAAAACUGUUAGUAUAAUAUUUUUCUAAAAAUAAUAAUAUAUUCUUUAAAUUCUCUUUGCUCGUAAAAUAUAUGACAUCAUGGUUUUAUUUAAGUGUUCUUUGUGAAUGUGAUACUCUUUAAAAUCAUAGUACUGUCACUAAUUUUUAGAGUACUAUUUUACUUGAAACUGUACUUACACAUUCAUUUUAAAAAUGUUAUUUAUGAAGGUUACCAUUUAUAACUAAUAGGUAUUAUGGACCAAAAUAAUGUAACCAUUUGUAGGAUAUGCCUUUUGUACUUUUAUGUUGUUAGCCGAAAAUAUGAUACAAAGUUAUAUCCAUAGAUUUAUAUGAAGAUUUAUGGUUUAGAUAUUUGUUAUUCUUGAUGAUUGUAUUUGGAUUCUUAUGAGAGAGUUAUGUUAAAACUUGCAGGACUUGCCGCAGUUUUUCAGUCUUUAACAAAAUUGAUAGAUUAGUGUAAGGAAUCUGUUCAACAGUUUCACAUUACUAAUUUUCUGGACAAAGGCUGUAACCUUCGAUCUCCAAUCUAUUGAGGGGGGAGUGGAGCGUUUUAAUACAGAAAUAGGAUGUUAGAUCUAUUGUGUAUGACAGAAUUCCAUAUUUAAUGCCUUAUGUAUCUUACCAUGUAGAAGUAAAUGGAAGAGGUGGACUAGUGAGGUAAAGUCUGAAUAUUACAUCAUCACAUAUUAUUAUUAUUAAAUAGUAAUAUAGUGUUGCAUCUGUAGUUGAAUUCUUGAUCUUUCUUCUACAAAAUGAUCUAAAAAAUUUAUACAUAAGUUAGCUUUAUUAAAUACAAAACUUUUAAAAUUUUGUUGCAGUCAAUUUACUAUUGUCAUAUUAAAGAUGUAAAUUGUUUCUGCUAAAAAUAUUAUUCCUCACAUUAAAAUUCUGAGUGAAGGAUGUAGUAGAUGCAGUUCAAUGGCAAUUUCUAUGAAAGCCUGAAGGGUUAGACUAGACUAGCUGUUUGCAGAUUUUAUGUUUUAUACAUAUCCUUUUUCUUAGUUAUUUUUAAACAUAAUCCAAACAAGAUACUUUUCUAAUAAAUCUGUGUGUUAUACAGUAUUUUAUUUAAUCUGUGAUGUGAUUAUGCACAUAAAAUCUUCAUGCAGUAUGUGCUAGUAAUAAAAGUAUGUGUUUAUAAAUUUAUUGGCUAUAUUUAAGAAAUUACCAUUGAACUGCAGAUGUGGAAUACUGAGAAACGUAAGACAUCAAGAAUGGAAGAAUUGGUACAAUAUACUAUUUAGGUUGAUCAGUGCAUAAAAAUGUGUACUUAUGUACAGUACAGAAUGUGACAGGUAUAUGAUUGAAAGACAAAAGUAAUAUACCUGGUUAACGUAGUCGCUUGUUUUGAUUUUGUUAAUGUUUAGAGUCAUACUGUACUGGGCUCUGUACAUUCUCCAGUACAGUAAUAGAAAUAAGUAACCAGGCAGUUUGGGAGGCAAAUCCUGCAGAAUGAAGAAAUUGCAUGAUAUGACAUGCUAUGCUGAUCACUUUUAUAACAGUAGGAUUAGGUUCUACCUGCUCUCUUAUGAUAAUCCAAUUAGCUCUGAGAUA